AUGGAAGGAGAGACGGAGAGAGGACACCAAUCAUGGCGAAUCCGAGUUACUGCGAAAGCCAAACAUUUCAAUUUCAGAUUCCGAUUCAAAGCUGCCACUCACUCUUCCACACACACCCUCUCCUUCUUCCGCUUUUCCAUUCUCCUCAACCUUCCUCAUUUCCUUUUCACUAUCUCUUCACGCCCUCAAAAACAACCGCGACCUAGUUUCAUCACUUCCAAAUUCAACAACUUUUUCCGCAAAUUUCGACCCCGGAUCAAACCCAACAUUGCUGUUAAGACUAAAACAUCAUCAAAUCUUUCACUUCCAAUGCGGUUGCAGCACACGGUUCGAAUUGGGAAAGAAUAUUGUGUGAGAAUCGUCAUGAUGGUUGCAUCUGUGGUGUGUUUUGUUGCUUCUCUUCUGCUGAAGAAAUUCAAGAUGGAAAAGGAACUUACAAGGUCGUGGCCCUUAGAAAGGUUCUUGAAGGACGAGGUGAAGAGAACAAACUUGAUUGGAAAGGUCAAGUACUUUUGGUGA